CCUGAACGCGGGUCGGAGCCUGCACGCGGGGUCGGAGCCUGCACGCUGGGUCGGAGCCAGUGCGCAGGGUCUGAACGCGGCCGGAUUCGGCUACGACCGCAGGUGUGGCAUCCUCAUCAGUGGCCUUCGACUCGGGUCAGCCUUGCCUGACGGGUGAACGUAGAUGGGUGCCCAUUAAGACGAGAGCAGGCAGCCUAGGCCGGAGACCCCUGGGAGAUGAUGGUGACUCCCUGGCGCUUGUCCAUCAGGGUCUGCUUGUCGCACCUAAGGGGUUUUGAGCUCAGAAAAGAACUCGGCCUUUUAAGAUCAUCUGGGAGCUCCCGUAAUACCAGACUCUGUUGGCUUCUGCUUGGCACUUUACCCAAACUCAUCUCAGCCUCUGGGGACACGGGUGAAGGGGCCCCUGAGGGCGGGCGCCAUCGAAGAGUUGACUGGAGUGACCUGGCCGAAAAUGGGCCACUGCACAGCGUCUCCCAAGAGGGGCGGCUGGGAUGCCUCUUUCUGCACCUUCGUAUGUGGCUCCGGGCUGGGGCUCUCUUGAUGAAAUUUUUCCCGCUCCUUCUCUUCUACCCCCUCACCUACCUGGCUCCCAGCGUCUCCGGCCUCUGGCUCUACCUGCUUCUGAAAGCCACCGAGACCUCAGGCCCAACAUACAUCAAACUGGGCCAGUGGGCCAGCACCCGGCGUGAUCUCUUCUCUGAGGCCUUCUGUGCCCAGUUCUCCAAGCUGCACGUCCGGGUGACCCCACACUCUUGGACUCACACCGAGCACUUCCUGCGCCAGGCAUUUGGGGAGGAUUGGGGGAGGGUCCUCCACUUUGAGAAGAAGGAGCCUGUGGGUUCGGGCUGUGUGGCCCAGGUGUAUAAAGCGCGUGCCAAUCCUGCCUUCCUGGAGGAUGACAGCGUCCAGAGACUUGCGAAGGCCUCCUGCCUGCAGCCUUCUUCAGAAGCUGGGGCAGUCGGGAGGCUGGGGGAGCUCUUCGGACACCUGGGGAAGGGGUGGAGGUUUCAAGGAAGUCUUGCCGACCAGUCACUUCUAGAAAGGCUGCUCCUUCCUAAAUCUGACCCACUUGGAUCAAAUGCAGUCAUGUCUCAGGCUUCAGUGCCUGCCGACCAACCUAAGCCAGAUCACCUCAUCCCCGUGGCAGUGAAGGUGCUGCACCCCGGCUUGCUGUCCCAGGUGCAGAUGGACCUGCUGCUGAUGAAGAUGGGCAGCCGAGUCCUUGCGCUUUUGCCAGGAAUCAAGUGGCUUAGCUUGCCUGAGAUUGUGGAGGAGUUUGAGAAGCUCAUGGUCCAUCAGAUCGACCUGCGUUAUGAAGCUCGGAAUCUAGAACACUUCCAGUGCAACUUCCUGAAUGUGAAUUCCGUCAAAUUCCCCACCCCUCUGCGUCCCUUUGUCACCAGGGAUGUCUUGGUGGAAACGUACGAGGAAAGUGUGCCUGUGUCCAGUUACCAGCAGGCGGGGAUUCCUGUUGACUUGAAGAAGAAGAUUGCCCGGCUGGGGAUCAACAUGCUCCUGAAGAUGAUAUUUGUGGACAACUUCGUCCAUGCAGACCUCCACCCUGGGAACAUCCUGGUCCAGGGUGCUGACGGUCUUUCCAGGAGUCAGGAGGCACAGCUGCAGCAGAUGGAUGUCUGUGACACGCUGGUGGCAACCAUGGCACCUGCCCGCUGCCCACUGCGCCUGGUGCUGCUGGAUGCCGGCAUCGUGGCUGAGCUGCAGGCCACUGACCUGAGCAACUUCCGGGCCGUUUUCUUGGCUGUGGCAAUGGGGCAGGGCCAGAGAGUGGCUGAGCUCAUCCUGCAUCAUGCCCGGGCCAGCGAGUGCAGGGACGUGGAGGGCUUCAAGGCUGAGAUGGCCACGCUGGUGACCCAGGCCAGGAAGGACACCAUCACCCUGGAAAAGCUUCAAGUUGCCAGCCUCCUGUCGAAUGUCUUUAAGUUACUGAUGACUCACAAGGUAAAGCUAGAGAGCAACUUUGCCUCCAUUGUGUUUGCCAUCAUGGUGUUGGAGGGGCUUGGCCGCUCACUGGACCCCAAACUGGACAUCCUGGAGGCAGCAAAGCCCUUCCUUCUGAAAGGACCAGGUCUCUCCCGCUGACUGCAGCAGUGGGCAUGCAGCGGGUGUUCAUCUCAGAACUGAAGGCCAAUCCCGACAGCCUCUGCUGUGGCAGCUUGAACAUUGUUAAAAUUGGGAUGCAUGGAAGACAUACCAAUAUUUUUCACUCUGACUUGGUUUCAGGCAUCUGUUUGAAAAGCUUUGGGUUAUUUGGGGAAGUAAAGGGAGGGAAAAGUCCUCUAUCCAUUCACUUGUGGAAGCUAGACCUGGUGUCGGGGAGACUAUUUCAGAGGAAAUGUUCUGUGGAGGAGGACAAAUAAACUUAUUAUUUUGUUUUCUCGUU